UUUUGUUUUGACGCCGUCAUGAGCAGAAGUCCGAGUUCGGAAAACGGUUUCGUUAGUAUUUCUUCAACAGAUACGCAAAACAGAGUGCAGUAAUUCAAUGACCUUCUAACGGGAAUAAAGAAUAUUAGAACAACAGAGUGAUGAAUCAGCACAAAUGUGGCGGCACGGAAUAUUUCAAUGAAACGAAACUAAUCGAAAACAGUGGAAAAUCAAUCGAAAGAAGUCGUGCCAACGAAUGAUGCAAUUUUCGUUCGUGGCUUUGCUGGAACAGAAGAGGUUAUGUUGUCGCGAGUGACGUCACGGAUUGGUGAAAAAUCAUACGAUACUCGGUGCUGCGCGCUGAUUGGUGGAUUUGUGGUGAUCUGAUGCGUUGUGUCGGUGUGUGAGUUGGCCUCUCGUUUCAUCAUUCACAAUUUGAUUCAUUUGCGUUCAGAAACUGUUUCAAGAGGAAAAUUUUGCGGGGAAAAAUCCGAAAUUUUGGUUGAUAAUAGUGUUUGGAGUUGGUGGAAAACUGUUGGACGGAGUGGGUAAAAGUACACUCUAGACGAGGAAAGUGAAAUUCGGCGCUAUGGACGGCGUUGGAGGCUGGGAUAGCUUCCAGCCCGGAGGCGGAAUGGCCAUGGAAAUCGCAGACAGUGUCCUCAAGGGGGAUGAGCUGGAUAUUAACGACAUUGCCGAUAUGUAUCAACUCAACGAGGAGAAACUGAUGAACUUGAUGGGCGAGGAGUUCCUGAAUCAGUACAGCUGGACCGAGGACAACAUCAUGGAUCAAGUUUCUCCGGAUUCGACGACAUCGUCAAUGUUGAACUCGCUGAACGAUUCGAGGAAUGCUUCGUUGGACAUAAAGAAAGAGGAACCGUCCUCCUUGCUGCCGGUCACGUCGACUUCCAGCAUGCCAAGCCAACAACAGCAACAGCAGCAGCAACAAUUUUACUGCAACCUGGUUUCGAGCGAUCCAAUGAUCUCUGUGAGCAGCAGUCAAGCCCAAAAGCCUUUGCAGACUCAACAGCAGCAGCAGCAGCCGAUUACAUCAACCACCAUCAAGCAGGAACCGAUUAUGAUUCAUCAGCAGCCGGCCACAACGAACGCCACCCCAAUUAUUCUGAACCGAACGAACAUUGCGGCCAACACAUCCACAAUUCUGCUUCAGAAUACGCGCAACCCAACGGGAUAUUCCUACAUCAAAGCGAUCGCUCCGGCCACAAGUGCUCCGACGAGUACGACCAGUAUCCCUCAGAACAUCCUUUCCGCGAAUGUUCGAUUGCAGAAUCUUGUAACGACGAAAGCAACGGUGGCUCCGACUCCGGUGACGACGGCCACAGCCGUUCCGGUGAUGCAACAGGUGUUCACCUUCCAAAGCGGAGACAAACAGGUGCUUUUGCAAGCAAAUCCAGGCACCGUUAUGACCGCCAACACGCAGAACAUCCAUACCUUGGUCAACACCCCCAAUGGUCCUAUUCUGGCAACGGGAAUCCCACUCGUCUUGGAUGCUCCGGAGAACGCCGGAAAAUUGCAGAUCAAUCGUUUGCCACAGCCCCAAUCUUCGCAAUCUUCUCCGGCGGUUCCCAAAGUCAAGGAAGUGAAACGAUCGGCUCACAAUGCCAUCGAGCGUCGCUACCGGACUUCGAUCAACAGCUGCAUUGUGGAGCUUAAGAAUAUCGUUGUCGGGGUCGACGCAAAGUUGAACAAAUCGGCGAUCCUUCGGAAGGCCAUCGAUCACAUCCGGCACCUGCAGAAGCAGAACAAUAGCCUCAAGCAGGAGAACAUGUACCUUAAGAUGAAGAUGACCAACCGGAAGCAAUCGCUCAAGGAUCUUCUGGUGACCAACGUACAGGACGACAUGGUCCCAGUCAUCGGUCCAAUCACUCCUCCAAGGAGCGACGAAUCCAAUCCGUCACUGUCCCCAUCGCACAACUCGGAAAAUUCGAUGCCACCGUCGCCCUUCGGAACAUCCUCCUCCGGAAUGGAAGAAUCGCUCAACGACGACGACCUGAUGACUAGCGUCCGGGGAAUGUCUGCCCAUUCGCGACUUACCCUCUGCAUGUUCAUGCUAGCCGUCCUGGUGAUCAAUCCAUUUGGAAACUUGCUCUUCUCCGGAAAUGCUGGUGCUGGCGAUGAGGAGCUCGAUCCCGGAACCAGCCGUCGAAUCCUGGCUGUUGACGAACGCUUCCUCUCCUGGUCCGGCUUCAUCUCGUCGACUAUGAUAUUCGCGAUCAACAUUGCUUUGCUUCUGUUCUGUCUGGUCAAGAUGCUCGUCUACGGCGAUCCGAUUCUUCCAUCCCGGUCCAAAGCUUUCACCGAGUACUGGAAGCACAAGAAGCAAUCCGAUUUGGAUUUUCAACGUGGUAACGCGUCUGCGUCCCUGCAGGAAGCAAAACGCUGUCUGGCACCCUUCGGCGUCACGAUUCCCAACAGUCGGCUGGAAACGAUCACCACCACAGGCUGGCAGUUCGUCCGGAUGUUCCUGCAUCGAAUCUACAUCGGGCGGUGGUUCUCCCGCCGCACCGGUGGCCUCUUCAAACCCGAAUCCCAACGCAUGGACGCUUUGAACUCGGCUAAGGAACUGGCUCUGCUCUUCCACCGUCUGAAUCAGCUCUACCUGGUUUCGAACCAACCGGAAGCGAAUGGAUUAAUGAUGUCGUUAUACGCCGUCAAUAUGGCCGAGGUUGCCUCCGCUGUCAUGUCCCCGGAGGACACCAUCGAGAUCUACAUCACGGCCGCCCUGCGGGUCAAGAAAAGUUAUCCCCGUUUCAUGCAGUACUUCUGCCGGUACUAUUUGGCCAAGGCCAAAGAGGUCUGCAACAACUGCGAUCAGGUUCCUGGAAAGUUCGCAUGGGCCUUCACCUCGUACGGUUUCCGCUUCCUCACAACGCACGCCGGUCAGUUUGAGGACACAUCGGACUCCAUGUUCACCAUGCUGGGCAAUAAGGCCGACCCGCUGGAGUACAUGAUGCGAGAUUACCGAGAAAACCUGCUUCAGAAAUCAAUCCAAUGUCUGGUCGGAUCGGGUCAAAUCAGCCGGAAGCACGUGAACGCAGCUUUUGCCCAACAGUCCCAAUCCCAAACGGCAGUCGCCGAGGCGAAUGCUUCCAAGGAAACCCUCAAGGAUGACCAAUCGGACAAUGGAAAACCUUCCGCACCGGCUUCGUACCCAUACUCCGGUUGCCAGAUUAGCAACGUGCUGCACUUCACCCAACUCCUGAAGGACAUCCUUAGCGUGGAGAACCAACCGGUUACGUUCGAUCGCUGUCUGCUGAGUGGAAACUGCUGCCAGGAUCGUUUGGCUCACUGGUGGUCCAGUUUGUUGAGCAUCGCUGCCUACUGGCUGCUCGGCGAGGAUUCCGAAGCCGAGCGGCUCUAUCUGCACAUCGAGAACCUGCCGCCGGAGUUGGUCAAGGGCGAGGAUAAACUGCCGACGGCACUGUUUGCCGCCUUCCAGGCGAAGCGCGCUUUAAUGAACAAGCCCCACUACAAUUCGGUCAACGUGUUCCAGAACUGCAACGUCGGAAGUCAAUGUCUGGAGGACAGCUUGACUACCAACAUCUGCAAGAGACCGAUGAAGCUCAAGAUGCUGGCCCAACUCCUGGCCUGUGACUGGCUGCUGGAAGCCCGCACUGCUCUCUGGGAGGCGGACAACGAGAAGUUCCAGAGCCAGAAUGGCGAAUACGUGCCCGUGUCCGGUGUGGUGCUGGCCAAGUUCCAGAAGGACCUGAACUCGCUGCGCAUUGUCACCAAUGAAAUUCCGAACGCCCAGUCGCGAGUGUUCCUGUACGAAGCCGUGUGUCGGCUGAUGGCCGGAGCAGCUCCCGGCCCAACCCAGCAACUGUUGGGGCACAGUUUGCGUCAGCGCUAUUCUCGGGCGUCGAUCAUUUGCAGUGGCAAGGAUCGUAGCGGGCAGUUGGUCGGCGGUAGGGAACGAGCUGCCGCCCUGUACGUGGCGUGCAAACAUCUACCGGCACCGUGCCUCUCGUCGCCGGGAGAGCGAGCCAGUAUGCUGCAGGAAGCGGCCAAAACGCUGGAGAAGAUAGGCGAUAAGAAGCGUCUGCAGGAGUGCUACCAGCUCAUGCGGUCACUCGGCAGCGGAACGGUGACCAACUGAGGAUCCGGCCGCAGAGGGUAAUAUUUAUAACUUAUUGACUGUUUUUAGUUAUUUAGUUUUUGAGUAAGAGAUUAGAUUAAAUGCUGGGAAAUUCUCAUCGGAUAACAACGUUGUAAAUAGUUUAGCUUUACGAACAAAGUAUCACACUGCUAGAUUAAGAAACUAGAAUCUAAAAGCAUUUCACUGAAUUGAAUGAAUUUCAAUAAAUGACGAACGUCGUAAAAUCGUA